GCUCAGUCUCCGCCUACAGCCUCUCAGAUUUGUUUGGUAAUAGCCUCUUGUAUAAUCGCUGCUUAACUGAAAAUCGAUUUUUGUGUGAAGAAAACAAACACGGCUGUUAUUUAAGUGAGCGCAGACUAGACAUCGGUCCUUUCAGUCGGUGACAACACCCGGGGCCAACAUGGUGGUCAUAUUGCGCUGUUGCCCGCUAAUCCAGUGGCUGUCCCUGGCCGUUUUGCUGGGCUCGGUUGUCGGACUCGGUGAGGACCUCGACCGGCCUCUCUUAGGGCCCCCCGGCUCUUCUAUCCGGGUCCACGAGUCCGACCCGGGUCUUAAGAAGGCUCUGGCCUUUGCAGAGGAGCGAUACAACCGGGUCUCCAAUGCGAUGCAUCUCCGCAGAGUCAGCCGGGUCAUCUCUGCCAACAAACAGCUGGUUAAAGGGAUCCGUUACACUUUAACAGUGGAGCUGAGUAACACUCAAUGUAAGAAGUCCACCAUGCUCAGGACAUGUGACUUCUAUCCCGAGUUAAAUCAACUCAAGACAGAAGUCUGCGUCUUCGAGGUGUGGGACAUCCCUUGGCAGGGGACGUCAACCUUGCUCAAACAGAAGUGCCAGCCCAAAGUUGAAUUUGAAGUAGAAGAGAGCAACAAGGUAGAGGAUCCAUCCACCAGCCAGCCUCUGGAGGAGUCGGUGGAGCUGCUGGGCCGGUUUAAAGAGUUCAUGACUAAGUACAAUAAAGUCUACAGCAGUCAGGAGGAAGUGGACCGUCGUUUGCGCAUCUUCCACGAGAACCUGAAGACUGCUGAGAAGCUCCAGGCUUUGGACCAAGGUUCAGCUGAGUAUGGAGUCACCAAGUUCAGCGACCUCACCGAGGAGGAGUUUCGCUCUACAUACUUAAACCCACUGCUGAGUCAAUGGACUCUCCAUCAACCAAUGAAACCAGCUACUCCCGCCAAAGGCCCCUCGCCUGACAGCUGGGAUUGGAGGGAUCAUGGAGCUGUCAGUCCUGUUAAGAACCAGGGAAUGUGUGGAUCUUGCUGGGCAUUUUCUGUCAUAGGCAACAUUGAAGGCCAGUGGUUCCUGAAAAAUGGAACGUUGCUGUCACUUUCCGAACAAGAGCUGGUUGACUGUGACGGGCUGGACCAGGCGUGCAGAGGCGGGCUUCCAUCAAAUGCUUAUGAAGCUAUUGAGAAGCUGGGGGGUCUGGAGACUGAAAGUGACUACUCCUACACCGGGCACAAGCAGAGGUGUGACUUCACCACCGGGAAGGUGGCCGCCUACAUCAACAGCUCCGUGGAGCUGCCCAAAGAGGAGAAGGAGAUUGCUGCUUGGCUGGCUGAGAAUGGGCCAGUCUCUGUUGCUCUGAAUGCUUUUGCAAUGCAGUUUUACAGGAAGGGUAUAUCUCACCCUCUGAAGAUUUUCUGCAACCCCUGGAUGAUCGACCACGCUGUGCUGUUGGUGGGAUACGGAGAACGUAAAGGUAUUCCCUUCUGGGCCAUCAAAAACAGCUGGGGGGAGGAUUAUGGAGAGCAGGGUUACUACAACCUCUACAGGGGCUCCAAUGCAUGUGGGAUCAACAAGAUGUGCUCAUCUGCUGUAGUCAACUGAACCCCUAACACCUCCCACACACACACACACACACACACACACACACACACACACACACACACACACAGACAACACACACAGACACACACAGACACACACAACACACACACACACUCAUCAUCAUCAUCAUCAUCAUCAUGCUACAUGCACCACAGCUGUCAACUGACCCCAGCUCCACAUCACUUAUCCAGAAUGCACAAGAGCUCAACACGCACACAUGUGAAGUCCUGCUGAUGUUUCUUCUCCGUUAGACCAAACCAGUGUUUUACCAGCUCUAAUAAAGCUAGCUUUGAUGUGAUACUGAAACUUUCCAGUAAUUUUAAAUCAAGAUUACAUCUGCUUUUUCUGUUAGUCCUGAAGCUUGGUUAAAAUGAUUAAUGUGUUUAAGGUAACAGCUUAUAAGUCAUCUUUACUUACAGUAACAGAGCCCAUGCUCAUAGUGGUGAGCUGAUGGUAUGUGCUUCAAAGAGUUUUUGAAAAACAAGGCUUUGAUUCUGAAGUGGUUUACUGCACAAACUCAGUUUAGUGCAAUGUUAUUGCAAUAAUAGCUGUAUAACAGUGAGAAAUGAAUGAUGGGAGUUGAAUUAAAAAAAAGUGUGAAAUCCA